UUUAGUAGAAAAGACAAUAACUAUUUGAUGGAAGGCUUAUGUGCAAUGUCCAUUGAUUUGAAUGCAUCCAUGACCUUGGUCCUCAGCAUGCCGACGUCCAACCAUGGCUGGCCUGAUGAGUUUGGCUUCCGGCUGGGCGGGAAUGGACCGAGCUACAUCCUGUCUGUGGAGGAAGGAAGCAGUGCUCACCUGGCUGGGCUGCAGGCUGGAGACCAGGUGCUGGAAAUUGAGGGCCACAAUGUGUCAACGUUGCCGCCGCUAGCCGUCAUUGCCAUCGCCCAGACUCAGAAGAACAUCCCCCCCAGCAUCGGAGUUGUGUCCCGCAUACAGCAGAUGGACAUCAUACCUGGUCCGGAUGGUCGAUUGGGGUUCACUAUCGUGGGAGACUGCCCACUGCUGGUGGAGGACUGCUCGCCGUGCUCCCCGGCUGGCCGUGCCGGUUUGAGGGCGGGCGACUGCGUCAUGGAGGUCAACGGCAUCCCUGUCAGGCAGCACGAGACAGCCGCGGCGCUUAUCAAGUCAUCCCAGGGGAGAACACUACGUCUGGGCGUGCUGGGACUCGGCGCAAGACAGCAACGUAGCAUCAGCCUGGAUGACAGUCAGAUCGGAGGGGAAGGCGCAAGGCUGGACCGCAAAUACAAGGCUCUGGAGUUCAACAGGAAGGUGGAGCAGAUUUUAAGCGACGAGCCCGAAGUGAAGGAGCGACUCUUUGGCGUGUUGAAACAGUACGCAGCUGAGAAGAAAGUGGAAUGGUUGGCUUCCGUCUUGCCCGAAAUCCUCACCACUGAUGACCAUCGACAGCUCAUCUCCAGCAUCAGAAUCUUCAUUCCCAAGAAGCACCGACAGCUCUUCGACGACUCCGUCUCCCAGAACGUGAUCAACAGGCUUUGUCGCAGCAAGAGCAUCAGCGAGCCGCAAGGCAGGAUACGGCGUAGCCGUAGUGAGGACCACUCAGACCGCCACCACAGGGGCAAACGUGCCAGCUCGGUGCCCCGUGAUGGAGGGGACGCACCUGGAGGGAGGGGCGAGGCGGACAGAGAGAGAGGUCACAGGAAGUCAAAGUCUGGGGUAGCCACGCAUCCCCCCAUUGGACCCAAUCAAAGACUCUUACGCGUCUACAGAGGGAAGAAAACCUUCGGCUUCACACUGAGAGGUCAUGCUCCAGUCUGCAUCGACUCCGUCAUUCCAGAUAGUCCUGCUGAAGAAUGUGGACUAAAACCAGGCGACCGCAUCCUCUUCCUAAAUGGACUAGAUAUGAGGAACUGUUCCCAUGAGAAGGUGGUGUCCAUGCUGCAGGGCAGUGGUGGGAUGCCGACUUUGGUUGUGGAGGACGGUCCGUCUGAUUACUCGUCAGAGCCCACAGAACCGGAGGAAACUCCCAGCCUGUCUUCUAACACACUACCACGCUCGAGAUCUCCGAUCCUAAGCUCCCUUCAGUGGGUGGCGGAGAUCCUCCCACCGAGUAUCAAAGUCCACGGGCGGACAUUCAGCCAGCAGCUGGAGCACCUUCUGACCAUCCAGGAAAGAUACACGGUCUGCAAGGCUCUGGAGACCUUCUUCCAGCACAGGAAUUUGGACACCCUAAUAGUGGAUGCGUUCCCAGUGUUGGACACGCCAGCCAAGCAGCUGAUCUGGCAAUUUAUUUACCAGCUGCUAACCUACGAUGAGCAGGAACGCUGCCAGAACAAGCUGUCCCGCUUCCUGGGUUUCAAAAGCAGCGCAGUGUUAGAGCCGGACGGACCAGAGCAGCACCGGCGAAGCAGCUCCAUGCGAGUAUCCGGGAGCUCAUAUCGCGGCGGUUGCAUGCGAGAGAGGAGUUCUGAUGACUGCAUCAUCGGCACUCACCUGGGAAUGGGAAUUCAUGUGGAUGAAUGUGCAAGCCAGGAAGAGAGGCAGUCAGGAGACGGAACCUCUUUCCCCGAGUCCCCUGAUCUAAGUCAUAUGUCAGGUGUGUACACGGAGCUGGAGAACGUGUACGCAGGGAAAAGUGUGUCUCCGCUGCAGGGGUGCUCCCCGGCUGAGCCCGAGGGACCCGGACAGACUGAGGCCUAUGGCCGCUCUCUCUCCCCCCUCACACUCCCCCCGCUAACAGGUAACCGUAAAUCGGGCCUGUCCCUCACCUGGAAGGAACCCCUGCCCACCCAGGUUUAUGGGAUCCACCAUCAAAGCAGUGUGGACUCCAACCCUUACGUCAGCCUGGAGAGCCCUCCCGCCUCCCCCCAGCGCAGCCCCAACACAUUGAGCCGCCGCACUAAGCUGUUCACCUUCUCCCGCCCACCUCGCAGCAGGGACACGGACAAGUUUCUGGACGCCCUCAGCGAGCAGCUGGGUCACCGGGUCACUCUCGUGGAUGACUCUGUGGCGGGCGAGAACGACUAUGAGGAGAUAUAUCAAGGUGAUUGUCAAGGUUUCAGAAGGAGUGUGCCUAUGAGCUAUCCAGAGGAUCAGGACAUGGGCUUCAUGCCUCGACAGUUCAGUCGUGGCAGCAGUGAAGACCACAGUAGCAGCGAUGAGGUUUCUUCUCCCUGCUAUUCUUCAGGUUCAGAGCAUAUCCCGCCUCCUCCCACCCAGAGCCCCCCGCCUCCGCCACAGUUCCUGGCCUUGAUACCACCUCCAGUUCAGUUCACGGACCACAGGCCACCAGUCCGCUUCUCACCGGAACACGUCCCCCGCAGCCGGAUGCCUUUUCAUCCCCAUCACCCCAUCAUUCCCCCUCCUCCACCGCCUCUGAGGACCCUCCUGUCCAACCGCUCCCCUCUCCACAAGGAGCUGCCCGCCAGAGAAGAGGCAGGUGACCUGCAGCGCUUCCAGACCCUAUCCGGUCGUCAGUCACGCGGCCACACCACCCUCACAACCACCACAAUUCUGCGCUCGUCCCGCCCUAGCUACCUCCCACGCCAGCUGAGCCAGCCCCAGCCCAUCUGCCAGCCAUCCCCUCAGCCGUCCCCUCAGACACUGCGGCCGAGCCAACUCGUCCUGCACAGGCAUCACCAGCUCCACCACCAGCACAGCUACCAAGGCCCGUUGCCGCCAUCCCUCGAAGAUCACAACGCAAUUCGGAGUGAGAAACAAAGCAGAGCUACGUCAACAAUUCAUUCCAAGUCUGCGCUGCCCUGCCAUGUUAAAUCCCCCCGCCAGGACGAAGAUUCACACCAGGCACCCCCGCCUCCUCCUCCACCUUUGCCCCCACCCUGUGACCCGCCUCCGUUGCCCAAGCCGGGAAACGCGGCCGACACCAACCACAUGAGCGUGAAGAGGCUGCGCUGGGAGCAGGUGGAGAACUCCGAGGGCACCAUUUGGGGUCAGCUUGGGGAAGAUUCCAACUACGUCAAGCUAACUGACAUGGUGAAAUAUUUAGACCUUGAUCUGCACUUCGGUACUCAACGCCGAUCUAAGCCCAUCUUCCUGUCCGAGAACUUUAAAAAAAAAGACGUUGUGGAGAUCCUGUCACACAAGAAAGCCUACAAUGCAUCCAUCCUCGUGGCCCAUCUGAAGCUCUCCCCCGCCGAGCUUCGCCAGGUCCUAAUGGACAUGAGCACGGACAGACUGGAGCCGGCCCACAUCAAGCAGUUGCUGCUCUAUGCCCCCGACGAGGAUGAGGUCAAACAGUACGAGCAGUUCGAGCAAGAUCCGGCCAAACUGAGCGAGCCCGACCAGUUCAGUUUCCAGAUGCUUAUGGUGCCAGAGUAUAAGACCCGUCUGCGGAGCCUCCACUUUAAGACCACCUUGCAAGAGAGGACAGAGGAGAUGAAAGUGGCCUUUGAUUGCAUCUACAAGGCCUCAGUGGAGCUGAAGACCAGCAGAAAACUGGCUAAAAUCCUUGAGUUUGUACUUGCGAUGGGAAAUUACCUAAACAACGGCCAACCAAAGAGCAACAGGACCACCAGUUUUAAGAUCAACUUUCUCACCGAGCUCAGCACAACCAAAACGGUGGACGGUAAAUCCACUUUUCUCCACAUUUUGGCAAAGUCCCUGUGCCAUCAUUUCCCAGAGCUGCUCAACUUUUCCAGAGACCUCACCGCAGUUCCUCUGGCGGCCAAGGUGAACCACAGGGUGGUAACCACAGAGCUAAGCGACCUUCACACCACCAUCCAAGACAUCAGAGCAGCAUGCCUGAAGAUCCCCCUCACCUCUGAGGACCACUUUGCUUCCGUCAUGAGCAGCUUUCUGGAGAACAGCCACCCUGCCAUCCAGUCUCUGGAGUCCCUGCAGAGCCGAGCGAUGGAAGAGUUCUCCAAAGUGGCCUCCUUCUUUGGAGAAGACAGCAAGUCCACCAGCACAGAGGCCUUCUUUGGUAUUUUUGCAGAGUUUAUUCACAAAUUUGAGAGAGCUCUCAGUGAGACCCAGACUCCAGAAAACCCUCGAAGUCCCCGAUUGUCCUCCCCACUGGCUUGGUAGACCCAGAAGAGUCUGAUCUCCAAAACCAAAGUGCCAAAAUGACACAUGGAUGGUGGCAGGCAGACACUACAAACAAGAGCACUAAGUUUAUCUCCAACCACAAUUGAGAUAUACCAACUGUGUAGGUCAAUGGUGCCCGCAUGUGGAGAACUACUGUUAUUUCAGGUGCUCGAUUUUAAGCACUAGGAAACAUUAUUCAUCAGAUAAUGUGUUCAUAAAUUACUUUGAGCCUAGAUAUAUGUAUGAUAUAUUUAUUAAACGUGUAUAGUUAAUGUCAUAUUAUGAUGGACGAUGAUUCAACAUUUUGGAAAAAAAAUACAAAUCUUAAAAAGGGAUGCUAAAGCUAGGAGAUCGUUAGCGCCACUUAGCUUAGCUUAAUUUAAUGAGAUGUCUGCCGACUACCAUUUUAAUCAAAAAAAUACACGUGUCUCUAAGCAAAGAUUUUAUCUAAUGUUUUUACCUUAUUUAUCAGAAAAAGACCGAAGCAUUUGAGUUAUUUUUCGUAGUAAUUAAGUGCUGUUAGCGUCACCUGAGCUAAUUGCUAAUUGCUGCCCUUACAAGCUAAGUGCUUCGCUGUAGCCGUUUGUAAUACACUACAUAUAUUUUCGAAAUGUGAACUAUUUAUUUUUGACCGGGAGAAACAUGUCAUCCCUUUCAUUUGUGCCAUUUUUUGGCACACUUCAGAUGACAAUGGUUCUAGAAUACAAGGUCAGCCAUUUGUAUUUCUGUCAUUACAGACAGGUGGAUUGUCUUUUUAUGAAUACACGGUAACAUUCCCGCUCAUAUUAGUGUAGUGGGGCUUUACUUGAAGGAAGUGUGAAUAACAAAACAUUGUACAUACCUUAUUUUUUUCUGGUUGCCAUGGUGACCUCGCGACUCCUACACAGUGUUCCAGUGGCUGUGGUAUUCUUGUAAAUGCACAUGUUUGGGCUAUGCACUCCCAGCUCUGCUUUCAAUUUCCUCUGUGUAAAAUCCCCCCGUUUAUUUUUUUAAAAUUAUUUCUCCCCUCGUUGCACAGCUUUUAAAGUCGUAAAACGCAGAAGCACAAGGUCUGCGACAGUGCCGUGAACGUGUUUCUUUUCUAAUUCAGUUGCAUGUUGGUGUACGACGUGAGGAAUAUUGUGCAGCUGGUAGCAAACACCCCGCUAUUCUUCAUUAUGUUGUAACUGUGUGGUUUUGUUGGAAUACAUCCAUGUUAUGCUAUGGACCUUUCAUAUUUGAUCUAUAAAAAUAAAAUAAAACUCUUAU